AUGUGUGCUUAUCCGAAGGUCAUCCGGGGAAUCUUCGAGGGGGAAAUAUGCACCGCAAAAGGGAACGUUUCGGGCGGAUUCUCGGCGCUCAUAUCACGUGACCAUCGAUACCAUCUCUCACUUUGUCGAGCUCAGAGUGAUUUUGACUACACCGAGGAGGACUUUGCUGAGCCGGAAUGGGAUCCUAAGCCCAAGCCUGACGUUCUACCCCGAGUUCCCGCAUCACAAGCCUUGGACACGCACCGACAGGAGCACGCUGCUAUUGAGGAAGUAGUAGAGUGUAUGAGUCGUAAUUUAAUACGACUUGACACACUCGUGUUUGCAAUUUGCUAUGGAAAUCCGCUCUGCUCAUUGGAUAACGGCAAGUUGAAAGCGGAGCGAAAUCAGCUAAUGAAAAGCUCCAAGCUUCCGACGAUACUCGACCAUUUACAUACCCCACCAUCCUACACAGGCUCCCGUCCAGAAGCAGCCUUGAAAACGCUUGACGAAUGGGCGUGGAAGCACGUUGCCAAAUUGUCUCGCGUUGAGCUUGAUCAAUUCGCUACUGACUCUCGGAAAGAGUCCGAAAAGUGCAAUAAUGAGGUCGAAGACCUCACGAACCUCGAAAAUCUCAGCUUCGAGGCCAUACGGGGGAAAGCUUCGGCAUUUACACCACGCCCCCUUCAAUUCCUGACCAAUAUUAGCGAGACAAAGAAUCAUGCACGUACUCGAAUAAGAGAGAAUCCCAAUAGCGUAUUGGAGCCCUCAUUUCUCGAGAGAUUAAAGGAACUCAUAGCUAAUCACGCCAUAUUUUGGAUAUAUGAUAACCUUCAACUUCCGAUUCCAAUGAAAGCUCAACGCAGUGAUUGUCACACUGUUACCAAUAACAGAACUGCAAUGACAGUUGUUGCAAUUCCAGAUAUGGUAAAGCAUAUAUUCAUGGAGGACAAUCCCAGUGUGGCUCCCAUACCCAAACCAGCUAUGAUUCUAGAUACUAGUGCAACACCACCCAUGGCUCACAACAAGCUGCAGGGCACCUCUACACCCCCAAAAGACUCACCUACCUCCCCAGAUCACGCUCCCAAUAAUCCACCAGCUGCAACAGAGGUUCCAAGCCCUCCUGCACUGAAUUGGGACAAUUUCUUAGAUAUUGAUUGCUAUAAGCGCUUGGCUGCAUGCAACAUCCAUUUCAUCAUCAAUACUCUCUUCAAAACUGUCCCUGGGCUUGCAGACCUUGACAUAUGCAGUGCUGAAAGUUUGUCUGCUCCACCAGCACAUCAUGUAAUGCCAAGUGGAGAGGAUUUCAAAAUGUUAUACCUGUUAAGAGUUGUGUAA